GGUGGCUCAACUAGCGAAAGCCAGGACACGUAUGGGUAGCAGCAAAGGCAAGCUCAGCUAAUACCUUUAACAGCUCACCACUUUACUCCAUCCCCGACCAAGUUCCGACCAACGGCUGCUGCGUCUUCUUUCGCAUCACACAAGAAAACGUGAAGAAGAGAGUUUGCAGCCAAUGGGGGACGCGAGAAGUUCUGUUGAUUCCGCGAGGGAGUGGAUCGUCGACCACAAGCUGCGGACCGUCGGCUGUCUGUGGCUGAGCGGGAUUGCGGGUUCGAUCGCCUACAACUGGUCGCGGCCCAACAUGAAGACCAGCGUUAAGAUCAUUCAUGCGAGGUUACAUGCUCAAGCACUCACACUAGCUGCUUUGGCAGGAGCAGCAGUGGUCGAAUACUACGAUCACCGUACAGGAAAGAAGGCGGAGCAUAUUGCAAAGUUCCUCGAAAUCGACGAGAAUCGGCACUACAAAGAUUGAAUUGAGCUGGAAUGAUCCAGUGGGUUUGACUUUUUCUGAUUAGUGUACUACACGGUACACGCAUCAGCGAUUUUGAAUGGCCUUUUCUGGAGAAUCCAUUAAUAUUCAUUCAGCUCAUGCGCCUAUGUUGUAAUCUUGAGUUUUUAAGUUAACCAGCAGCAGAUUGAAUUUGAGGGGGCUCAGUUAAUUCCGAAAUAAUCCCCCUGGAAACAGCUCGAAAUGCUUGGGGAUCAUCUUCAUUUAUGUAAAAUUUCCACUUGACCCACACGGACUUGAAUAUGUUCAUAUGCGAUUUAAAAGCUUAAACUGAUAAGUUGCUAGA